AUGACCCUAAGGAGCGAGAAGGAAAUUCAGGGGCCUAAUCCUGUGAUCCCUAAGGACAAGGAUGAGGAAAAGAUCGAAAAUGAGCUUGAGAGGAAGGGCAGCAAUGGUACAAAUCCAAAGGUACUUCCAGACCCAGUCAUUAUAGUUAAAACUAAGUCGUCCCUGGAGGUGUUCCGCAAGGUAGAGAUCAAUAUCUCCCUGCUAGACGCAAUCAAACAGGUGCCGAAGUACGCAAAGUUUUUGAGGGACUUGUGCGUCAAUCGAAAGAGGCUGAGGGGAGAUGAAAGAGUCAUUGUUGGGGAGAAUGCGAUAGGCAACACUGUGAUUAGGAAGGUCAUGUUGGAUUUAGAGGCGUCAAUUAAUGUAAUGCCUAAGUCUAUCUAUGCUUCUCUGAACCUGGGUCCAUUAAAAGAGACUGGAAUAAUCAUUCAAUUAACUGACCGAACUAAUGCAUAUCCUGAUGGGUUGGUUGAAGAUGUGUUGGAAAAAUUUAAUGAUUUGGUAUUCCCAACUGACUUUUAUUUACUUGAUAUGGGUGAUGACCACUCCCUCGAUCCCUCACCUUUGUUAUUAAGUAGACCCCUUUUGAGCACAGUACAAACAAAAAUUGAUGUUAAUAAGGGUACCUUAUCCAUGGAGUUUGAUGGGAAAAUUGUGCACUUUAAUAUCUUUGAUACUAUGAAAUACCCCUCAAACUCCAACUUUAGCUCUGUUUUCUCUGUGAGUGCUAUUGACCCUGCGGUGCAGGAAGUGUUUGAAACUGUUGGCAGGGAUGAGUUGGAGGUCGCUUUAACCAAGCACCUCGAGGUGGAAACAACUCCUAAGGUGGAUUGGAGUGAAGAUUUGAAAUGCACAAUAGGGGCAUUACACUCAUUGCCAACCACAACAAAAAGGUAUGAAGUCUCACAAAUUUUCGUUCCCGAACCUCACCAGAGGGUACUGCCAUCUGUUGUGCAGGCACCUGUGUUGGAGUUGAAACCCCUGCCAAAACACUUGAAAUAUGCGUAUCUGGGCAACAACGAAACACUCCCGGUGAUUAUCUCAGCUGCACUCUCAGAAACCGAGGAAGAUAAGUUGAUCCGAGUCCUUAGAGAGUAUAAAGAGGCAAUAGGUUGGACCAUCGCAAAAAUUAAGAGGAUAAACCCGUCCAUUUGUAUGUACCGGAUUAGGCUGGAAGAGGAUGCCAAACCUGUACGGUAG